UCCUGAGGGCUUUGGGUUCAGCCUUUCCUGGUUGUUUUUGAAGAUGACCCAUGGAUUUGGGUGCUUGGUUUGUUUUGGCAUGGCCUGGGGAGUUUGGUGCCAGGUGUCCUGGUCCUGCUGGAACCAGACCUGGAGCUCGUGCCCACCACAUCAGAUGUACCUUGUUCCUGGUGCCAUCUGAAUUCCCUCUCCUUUUUGUCACCUCCCAGAUUGUCACCGGCCUCUACCUCGGCAAUAUUCGUGACUCUGAGGACCACGAGAACCUGCUGAGGAAGGGGGUGACCCACAUCCUGUCCGUCCACAACCGUGCCAAGCCCGUGCUGGAGGACAUGACCUACCUGUGCAUCUCAGCCUCGGAUUCAUCCAGUGAAAACCUGCUGCAGCAUUUUAAGGAGUGCAUCCAGUUCAUCCACGAGUGCCGGCUGGGAGGGGGAGGCUGCCUGGUGCACUGCUUUUCAGGUCACCCUGACAACCUUUUCUGGAUUUUCCUGGCAGUACCGUGCAUGGAUCCUCCGGGAUUAUGGCAGGAACCCCUUCCAGGACCAGGAGGAGCUGCAGAGCCUGCUGGGCCAGCAGCAGCUGGGGAGCAGGGAUUGCUCCUGGCUCAGCUCCCCAGCUCCCACCUUCCCUCCUCCCUGCCACGCAGGUGGCACCGCUGGUGGCAGCAGAUGGAUGAGCAGAUAAGCAGCCAGGCUGUUCCCAGGCAGGCCCUGGGGCUUGGAAAACUCCGUUUUCCCUUUGCCAAGCACCUCCAGGGAUUCAUGUCUAGGGCAGAAAUCUGCCAGCACCAGGGUUGGGGUGGGGGGGACAGGACUCACAGACCCCCCUGUCAGCUGCCAGCUCCAGUGAAUGGGUGACAGCAUCCUGCUCUGUCCCAUUCCCAAUGGAUUACAGCCACUUUUCCACCCUCAGAGCAGCAGCCAGCCCUGUCCCCCUCUCCUCAUGACAAUAGCUGGGCUGGCAGGGUGCACAGAAGGGGAUGCAGACCUUGGAAAUGCAAGGUGGGAUGAGAUGGAGAGAGGCCACCUUGUCCUCUGCUUCCCUGAGGAAGGAGGGGUGAAUCUGGGAUGUGGGGGUGCUGCUGAGCCUUGGCUGGCACCCAGUGGGAUGGGGAGAGGGGCUGGAGGUGGUUUGGGGCUGCCCCUUGCUGUGCAUGGAGCUUCCCAGUGCAGCCUGUCCUUGGCAGGUGAAUAUCUGGCAUUUUCCUUAUCCCAGCCCCAGGGAGGGGGGAAACCCAGCAGUGGAGUCAGAGUGGGUUUGGGUUUUCCCUGAGCCCCAUCUGAAUGUCCUUGCUUGCCAAAAAAUCCAAAAGCUUGGCUGGAUUUACUCAACCAUGGACCAGUUUAACUCUGUCUCUCUCCAAGAGCUUUUUAAUACCUAAAACCCGUGGCCACCUCCAGUUUUUAUCCCAAACUCGGAUUGUGUUUUGCCAGAGCUUUCUUCGGCAGGAAUCCCCCUCAUCUGGUCCCAUCCCAUGGAUUCAGCCCUUCUACGUGGAAACCUUCAACCUUUCUGUGCCAUCUCAGCCUUUGACUAUAAAUACCCUGUUUGUCCACUCAAAAAUGUCUGUUCUGCAAUUCCUUCUAAGAAAAAAGGGAUUAAAAACAUUUCUAGGAAUUCUCUUGAUGACGAUUUCUGGGUACUCAUGGUGUGACAGCACCAGGGGUGACUCGCUCAGCUUCGAAUAAAGAAGAGAGUGAUUAAAAUCAUGAGGGUGCCUGGACUUGAUUUGUGGUGUUCCUGGUGGG